AUGUUGCGUGUGGCUCAUUUCCCUAAACGCACGUUGAGGCUACUCCCUGGCAUCUCAUGGACCCAUGUCAACACCUAUUCUUCAGCAGCCAUGCCGUACAAUGUGAUUCACAAACCAGUCCUCGGGGAUCAAGUACUUGAGCAGCUGUCACCGCGUGCUGGUGGUGUUUAUUGUGAUAUGACCUUUGGUGAUGGUGGCUAUACGAGAGCUAUCCUAGAUGCAUGCGAUUGUAAGGUGGUUGCCAUUGAUCAAGAUCCAACAGCUUACGAAAAAGCAUUACAAAUGGCCAACAUGAAAGAAUAUCAGGGCCGGCUGUUUCCAUGGCUAGGUAAAUUUGGCCAAAUUGAUCGACUCGUGGCAGAGCAUCAACCCGAUUGGAGUAUUCCUUGUUUUGAUGGCAUUGUGAUGGAUAUUGGUGUUUCGAGUGGACAGCUUGAGACAGCUUCACGUGGAUUUUCUUACAAACUUGAGGGGCCUUUGGAUAUGCGCAUGUUCUCGCGUGGACAAAAUGCGACUGCUGAUCCCGACAAUCCAGCUGAACUCUCAUUGAUGAAACGAUCCAUUUCAGCAUACGAGGUGGUCAAUUACUUUUCCAGAGAAAAGAUUGCAGAUAUCCUUUAUCAGUAUGGUGGAGAGCGUUUAUCGCGUAAAAUUGCAUCUGCCAUUGUGAAUGCACGACAAGAGGCACCUAUUGUAACUACAGCAGAGCUUGCAACCAUUAUCCAAAAAGCAUGUCCGCAACCAAGAUGGCAACGUGGUGAUGAUGAUAUGGUCCGCAAUUCUGCAGCUCGUACAUUUCAAGCCAUACGCAUCUACAUCAACGAUGAGUUGAACGAGUUAAAAGCUGCCCUGAGAGCGAGUGAAUAUUUAUUAAAUCCUGGAGGACGCCUUGCUGUGGUGACUUUCCAUUCACUUGAAGACAAGAUUGUGAAAUCAUUCAUGCAACAUGGCACCGGAAGACGAUCAGUGAAAAGUGCAUCUGUCAAUCAAUUCCAUCUUAAACGAGCAGCCUAUCGACGACAGAAGAAAUAUGGUGUAAUGGAACAACAUGAUAUGGGUGAAGAAGAAGAAUCAAUCGGCACACCAUCAUUUAUUACGCGUACAAAGCAUGUCAUACGGCCGUCGUUGGAAGAAAGAGAAGAUAAUCCUAGAAGUCGAUCAGCCAAAUUGCGUGUUGUUGAAAGGACGUCAGCACUCCCACUUGCACCUUAUGGAGAGCUUUAG